UUGGCAAGUAGUUUUGGUAAUAUAUGCUCUAGACGACUCUUUAUUUACACUGCUUAUUAUGUGUCAUAUGUGUUGUGGUGCCUUUGCUUUUCUCAUGGUCUCUUGCCAAAGAACAAAAACUAUUAAGAGGGAUUUUGGAGCCUUAUUCACUUGUCGUAUCUCUUAACAUGUCAAUCAUUUAUCCUCCUCUUUUGUUUUCAUAAAGUCUACAGUCAGAAGGAGCUUUCCCUUCCAAUCUUUCAGAUUUGUGAAAAGUCUAAACAGACACCUUGAUUUGUAAUCAAAAUACGUGCCAAAAGCUUAGUAACCGUAAGCUCCACUCUACUGUGUAAUUCGCUAUGCUCUUCCAUUGCCAUGAUGGUAUGUUUUGUCUGCCUGUUUUCAGAUCCUCUUUCCUUGACAUUCUUGGUCUGUCACUCUAUAGUAUAUCCCUGACUGAUAAAUUAUGAAGAAUUUAGGUGUUAACUCAGCUUCAUCUCAUGUAGAUCAUUUUUGUGCAUAUAGUUACUGCCUUACUGGUCUAUCAAUGUGCCUGAAAUAAUCUCCUUUUUUUGCUACUCUUUGUGAACAUAUCCAUUUCAGGCUGCAUUAGCUCGUCUUGAAGCUCUUGAGAGUGAUAAUGCUGGGGUUGAGGUGGUAGAUCUUAAUGAUGGUGAGUAUGGAUCUACGGAUGAGGAAGACCCUGUGCUCAUGCAAAAGAAGCAGUCCAAGAUCAUGAAACGCAAGACAAGGCAAGGGAAAGCUUUGGAGAAGAGGGCAGCAAGAUCAUUCAUGGAUGUGCUACAAGAAGCAAAUCUUGAGUCGCUGCCUCUUAAUGUCCCAACAUAUUUGAGGGCUGCUGUUGGUCCACCGAGUACUUCGUCUUGACGCCACUACUGCUCAGUUUGUGGGAGUUCUGCAAAUUACACAUGCGUGAGGUGUGGGACACGGUUCUGUUCGUGCCGCUGUCAAGUUAUCCACAAUGACACUCGCUGCCUUAAAUUUGUAGCUUGAUCUACUGGAUAGUACGAGCUAUAUUUGAUGUAUAUCUAGUCCCCAACGAUGCUUCAUCUGUGCUUUGAUCAGUAGGAUAUGCUUGCUGUGUGUGUUUCGUACUUCAUAGCCAGUGUUGGUUCGGUAAGUGGUAUAGUUAGGUACUGCAGUUUCCAGGUAGAUCUCUUGUAGACCGACUAUACUAGAUAGAUAACCACAAAUUCAAAUGUCCUGGUUCCAUGCACAGUAAGUCAACAACAUCCGAUUUAAUCAAAACUCUGCCACUGAGCAGCACAUGACAUGAGCAGUUCCAAGUUCCAACACUAAGCAAGGGCAGCAAUGCCGAUCUCCCAUUCUGUUAUAGCAUUCGCUGGACAUUGACAUGGCAACCCAGCAAUCGUUGAGGGAAAAAAAAUCCCCUUUGGAUUCACAAUGUUCUUUCAGGAUGUACCUUUUUUCACUUGAACUGCAUAUAGGAUCAAGGACUGUAUCUUUGUGCCUCAAUUAAGGAACUACUCCUUCCAUCCUGAAAUGCAAGGUAUUUUGCUUUGUUCAAAGUUAAAUAGUCUAAAUUUGACCAAAUUUAUAGAGAUGAAUAUUAGCAUCUAACUCAUCAAAUAAGUAAAUUGUAAAAUUAUAUUUAUGAUGGAUCUAAUUAUUCUUAUUUGAUAUUUAGAAUAUUAUCACUUUUUCUAUAAAUUUAAUCAAAAACAGUUUGAUUUAGGAUAAAUCAAAAUGUCUUACAUUUCAGGACAGAAAGUAUAGGCAGAAUUCAUAAUUUUCUUUCUGGUUGGUUCAGUUUCGAACCUUGAGUACCGAGCUGAUGGAUCACAACACUGGAUACCAUGUCUGACAACAGAAAUAGAGCAUGUCCUAAUUGCACUAAAAUGCAUAGCCUGUGUAUUAGAGUGACUCAUUUUCUUGGUUGGCAGAUCACAAAAAGGAACACAAAUGCAAGCCCCACCUUGUCCGGGAGUUAGGUCAGGGACACCAUAUGAAUGAAACCAUCUUAAUUUCAGUCACACCAAGAUUGUCCCAAGUUUUGUAACUGCAGUGUCCAAUAUAUCACCUAACAAAACCACCCAACGCUGCAUACAUAGCAUCUCUUGCAGACUGAACUCUUCAUCAGGAGCGCCAUGGUGGAAGCUCAUGCCACGCCGGCGACGCCGUUCUUCCCACUGACAAGGCUCCACAAGUACAUCGCGAUCUUCCUCGUCAUCCUCUCAUGGAUCCUGGUCCACAAGUGGAGCCUGAGGAAGCAGAAAGGCCCAAGAUCAUGGCCGGUCAUCGGCGCGACGGUGGAGCAGCUGAGGAACUACCACAGGAUGCACGACUGGCUUGUCGAGUACCUGUCGAAGCACAGGACGGUGACCGUCGACAUGCCCUUCACGUCCUACACCUACAUCGCGGACCCGGUGAAUGUUGAGCAUGUCCUCAAGACCAACUUCACCAAUUACCCCAAGGGAGACGUGUACAGAUCCUACAUGGAUGUGCUGCUCGGCGACGGCAUAUUCAACGCCGACGGCGAGUUGUGGAGGAAGCAGAGGAAGACGGCGAGCUUCGAGUUUGCCUCCAAAAACCUGAGAGAUUUCAGCGCCAUUGUGUUCAGAGAAUACUCACUGAAGCUGUCAGGCAUACUGAGCCAAGCAUCCAAGACAGGCAAAGUUGUGGACAUGCAGGAACUGUACAUGAGGAUGACGCUGGACUCGAUCUGCAAGGUUGGGUUCGGGGUUGAGAUCGGCACGCUGUCGCCGGAUCUCCCCGAGAACAGCUUCGCCCAGGCGUUUGACGCCGCCAACAUCAUCGUCACGCUGCGGUUCAUCGACCCGCUGUGGCGCCUGAAGAGGUUCUUCCACGUCGGGUCAGAGGCUCUCCUCGAGCAGAGCAUCAAGCUCGUGGACGAGUUCACCUACAGCGUCAUCCGCCGGAGGAAGGCCGAGAUCGUCGAGGCCCGGGCCAGCGGCAAGCAAGAGAAGAUCAAGCACGACAUCCUGUCGCGGUUCAUCGAGCUCGGCGAGACCGGCGAGGACAGCGGCGGCCUCGGGGACGACAAGAGCCUCCGGGACGUGGUGCUCAACUUCGUGAUCGCCGGGCGGGACACGACGGCGACGACGCUGUCGUGGUUCACCUACAUGGCCAUGUCGCACCCGGACGUGGCCGAGAAGCUGCGCCGCGAGCUGCGCGCGUUCGAGGCGGAGCACGCGCGCGAGGAGGGCGUGGCACUGGUGCCCUGCGGCGGCCCCGACGCCGACGACGACAAGGCGUUCGCCGCCCGCGUGGCGCAGUUCGCGAGCCUCCUCAACUACGACAGCCUCGGCAAGCUGGUGUACCUCCACGCCUGCGUCACCGAGACGCUCCGCCUCUACCCCGCCGUCCCUCAGGACCCGAAGGGGAUCCUGGAGGACGACGUGCUGCCGGACGGGACGAAGGUGAGGGCCGGUGGCAUGGUGACGUACGUGCCCUACUCGAUGGGGCGGAUGGAAUACAACUGGGGCGCCGACGCGGCGAGGUUCCGGCCGGAGCGGUGGAUCAACGAGGACGGCGCGUUCCGGAACGCGUCGCCGUUCAAGUUCACGGCGUUCCAGGCGGGGCCGAGGAUCUGCCUGGGCAAGGACUCGGCGUACCUGCAGAUGAAGAUGGCGCUGGCCAUCCUGUGCCGCUUCUACCGGUUCCAGCUGCUGGAGGGGCACCCCGUCGAGUACCGCAUGAUGACCAUCCUCUCCAUGGCGCACGGCCUCAAGCUCCGAGUCUCCAGGGCCAUCUGAGUAUUAUUUCGUUAGUUGAUUGCAUCCUAGUCGCCUAGAUGUUGUGAUCUUUGGGAUAUCGAGAGAUGUGAUGAUGAGUCAAUAAUCUGAAUCU